AUGAGCCUUAAGGCGCUCUUUCUGGUCGUCAAUACCUGGGCAUCUGCAUCAAGGUUCACAGCGGAAGAGCAAUGCCUCCAUGCAUAUCAGAGAGUGGGAGUGCGCAGGUCCCUGCUUGCAGACCCUUCGGGCACGCUGGGGCGACGACUGCGGGGGCGCUGGACCGGGGACCACCGUUCCGACAGCCUUCAGAGAGCGCACAGGGAGGGACUCUUUCGAGUAACGGACCGCUUCGAUGCUGGUGCUCAGCUUGGAGAGGAAGAGAUGCUUUGGAGCAGGGAGUAUGGCGAAGACGGCUCCUUCAAUUUUUGGAGUCUGGGCCGACCGAAAGUCGAGAUCCAGAAGCUUGCUGCCGAGCUUCAGGAAGCAGCUGGGGAGAACGAUGGCUUGACAGCAGUUGUCCUCGGUUGUGGGCUUGGCUUAGAUGUGUCUUACUUGGCGAGGGAAGCAUGCAAAUCCACAAGCAGCACUAUGACUGCCGUGGCUGGGGUGGACUUCGCCUUGCCCGCCAUUCAGGAAGCCAGGAGGCAGCACAGCAGCGCGGGCUGCUUCUUCCACCACGCUGAUGUUUGUGAGCUUCCAGCCCCCACGGUGCCACUGGACUUGGUGGUCGACAAUACGGUCUUUCAGAACACGUACAGGAGUGGCCGCUUCGAAGAGUAUUUGGACACUCUCAGCCGGAUUUCAACGCCAGGCCACACGAUGCUUCACUUGAACCUCAUGAGCCGCGAGGGGAUCGAGGCCCGAGAGGAGUUUGAUGAGAGCAUGGAGUACCUGAACUUGCCUCUCCUUUGCCGCAGUGACAUCUGCGCUGCCCUCAAGCCUGAGAUAUGGGAGAUCUGGCAGAUUCGCGAGGGGCACUAUGAUUUGAAUCCAGAAGGGGCUGGUUUUGAGUGUGAGGCUUUCCACACCUUCGGCGGAAACUCAAGUCCAGGGAUUCCAAGUUGGUGCGUCGUUGCUGCGAGAAUUUGA